AUGGCUAGCCUCCUUGCAAAGUGGUCUAGAUUUCUUACUAUAAUCAAGCAAAAUGGCGGGAUUCGUGGUUCUAUUGUGAUGUUAUUCAGAACGGACGAGUUAAAAGAUGGAACAUUAGUCGGAGAAGAUUAUCUCGGAAAUAAAUAUUACAAAAAUGAUCGCUACUUCCUGGGGCGCAAUCGUUGGGUUGUUUAUGGAAACCGCUUUGGAUGGGAUUAUGAGGGCUCUCAAAUUCCCCCGGAAUGGCAUCGUUGGCUUCAUUAUAUGACGGAUGAGACUCCCAUACAAAAUCCUCCAGAGCGCCAUUCGUGGAUGUUGGACCACCAAGAAAACCGUACCCUUGAAGAGUCAGCCAAAUAUGUGCCCUAUUCUACAACAAAGCCAAAGAUGAAUGAAGUUAGGCUGCCUCCUUCCGCUUAUCAAACCAUCGUUACCCAUGCGCUUUCGCAGGAACGUGAAGAAAUUAUAGGCCUUCUCUGCGGGGAGGUGUGUAGUUCAUACAUUCAAAUCUACACAGCCAUUCCUUUUCGUCGGAUCACCCAUCUCAAGGAUAGAGUAGAGGUGGCAGACGAAGAUAUGAUACUGGGUUCGCAGAAGUCUGAUGAACUAGGAAAGAGGCUGGGGCAGAAUUUGUGUGUUCUUGGCUGGUAUCAUUCUCACCCUCAUAUCACGGUACACCCAAGCGACCAAGAUAUUCGUACACAGGCCCUCUAUGAAAAACUCAACGGGAAUUUUUUCGGACUCAUCGUUUCCGUAUUUGAUAAUGAUGAUGCCAAUAAGCAACAGACGAUCAGCAUGGCAUGUUUCCGCUCCAAUAAAGAGCCUGUCAAGCUGAUCAUCGAACCAACAUCAGCGAUUACCCGUGUCAAUGACUACUACACUGCGUGUAUGGAGACCUGGCGAUCGAUUCCUCGUGUGUUACUUGAUGAGAUAUCGAACGAAUCUGACGAUUGUGCACGUUUUACGAAAAUGCUCCAAUUCCGAGAGACAAUUAUAUUUCCGAUGACAACAACCUGCGAAAGUCUGGAUAAACACGGCGUAUUGUCGUUCAAUAUCUCUCAUUCUUAG